AUGCCACAGACGAAAACAAAAGACGCUUGUCUCUAUGAACUUGAAGGCGACCAAACGGGGGCCUCAUUAACCCCUGCCGAAUUUGAACAUCAGGCGCUGAGCGUGUCUGAACCGACUUCCGAGACCAUCUUUCCUACUCCGAGCUCUUCUGGAGAUGAGAUUAAAACACUCGGUUAUGCUAAUCACGCCAUGGGAACCCAAAACAUCAUCCAUCUCGUGGGUAGCCAAAUCUCUCAGGGCGAAUUAUACGGAACAAAAACCUCAUGUCAGAGUGAGCACACCUUAAGGCAGUACACAAGCAUCAUUCGAGAACUUCCAUCUCGAAGGCAUAUAGACAUUUUAGUGCAAGCCUUCUUCGAGAAUGUAGCGUGGCAUUACGAUAUCGUGGACAAACCUACAUUCACCGAUCAACUUCUCCAAUGGCGUCGUCUUACACAUGUUCAACUAAAGCAAGCACCAGCCAGCUUACCAGACAACCUUCGACCUUUCCCAGCACUACUUUUUCAGGUAUUAGCACAAUCUUUACUAUUCCAACCAACAGAUUACGACGAGUGUCUCGACGACUUGAAAUACGCUGCCGACAUGGAAUUAUCUGAUCGGGCAGCUGAGUAUAGCGAUGCGGGUUGUCGCCUUGCGGCCUUAUUUGGGAAGAGUGAUCUCAGCAUCACGAUUUUACAGGCUGAAUUACUACGAGCCUGUUUUGAAAAAACUAUUGGUGAAGUAAUAGAGGCAUGGCACACGCUCGGUAUUGCCAUCCGCAGCGCUCAAGAGCUAGGUCUACAUCGGACAGAGCCAACUGGAAGCCCAGCAGAUCAUGACUUGGGCCACAAAGUAUGGCUCAUUCUGCAUUUGUGGGAUGCCCAUAUGGCUAUUGUUCUUGGAAGGCCCAUGUCGACAAGGCUAAGUCCUAAUGCCGUGCCUUUACCGGUAUCAUGGGGUUCCGGCUUGAGCGCGCUCCAAGAGCCACAACCUCGUGAUGUCAUUUUGUGUGGCUACCACACUGCCUAUCAAUUCCUACAGGAUAUCUAUGUCCUGAGGGACAUAGAGGAUUGUCGUCCGCUUGUCGAGGAUAUUCACCAUUUACUGCUAUUAAACAUCAAAAGCCUUCCUGCAUGGGCUGUCACCGAAAGACCACGCCAGGGUGAACCUCCGUGGCUUUCUGCCGCAUUGGAAACAAUGCAAACCGAAGUUUACUUUGUGAUAUUUGCCUUGCACCGGCCUUUUAUCUUUGCAGAACCCAGCAGUCGGCGUAGAGCCUUUGACGCGGCAUUGCAAAUUCUGGAAUCACAGGCCCGCCUCUUCGACCAAGCGCCACCUUCACAGUACAAGUCUUUCACAUUUGUGUUCGCGACAUUCGAUGCUAUGGUUCUUCUUGCAGCUGUGCAUAUUCAAUUCAAACGUGAAUUCCUGGGAGAGUUUCCUGCAACGAGAAAAAAUCUGGAAUGGGGCUUAGAAAGGUUGAACCAUUUGCGAUCUACCAGCAAACUUGCCAACUCGGCUUUCAACGUUGUUCGAGAGCUUUUCCAAAAAGUUCUUGUAGCCGCCUUACCAGUGGACUCGUAUUGCCACGUUGGAAUUUCAGAAAAUGGAGAUUCAGAAAUUGACAACCUUACAGCCGUCGAAGCAGAGAUAUUGCAAGCUUUCUGGAGCGACAGCGUACAAACGGGUCUUGGUAACGUACUUCCACCGCAACCACUGAGUAGUCUCCUAUCAAAUGCAUCAUCUCACACGUCCUGA